AUGAAAUACCUUUUGUUUCUACAUAUAGAAAUAAAAUUCUACCAAAAUACAAACUAAAAUUCCAUAAAUUUCUCUAAGUUUAGUUUACUUUGGUAACAUAGGAUAAUUUAAUUCAUUUUAUACUUAAUGUUAAAUAAACCUAUCUUUUUAAUGACAAAAUGUUUAUAUUAAGUAUUUGAAAAGUUUACAAUUUCACAAUCAUGUAAACUUUAUUAUGAACAUUUGAAAUAUGAUACUUUUUUGAAUUCAUUCUGA